AUGGCUGCCCUUCGGGACGGGGGCGCCGCUUCGGGCAGGGCAGCGGCUCGGUUCCUCAUCGUUCUCGUGUGCCUCAUCUUCAGCGUGCUGUCCACCAUCGAGCAGUACGCCGCCCUGGCCACGGGCUCGCUCUUCUGGAUGGAAAUCGUCCUGGUGGUGUUCUUCGGGACGGAGUACGUGGUCCGCCUCUGGUCCGCAGGCUGCCGCAGCAAGUACGUGGGCAUCUGGGGCCGGCUGCGCUUUGCCCGGAAGCCCAUUUCCAUCAUCGACCUCAUCGUGGUCGUGGCCUCGUUGGUCGUCCUCUGUGUGGGCUCCAAAGGGCAGGUGUUCGCCACGUCGGCCAUCAGGGGCAUCCGCUUCCUCCAGAUCCUCCGGAUGCUGCACGUGGACCGUCAGGGCGGCACCUGGAGGCUGCUGGGCUCCGUGGUCUUCAUUCACCGCCAGGAGCUGAUCACCACCCUGUACAUCGGCUUCCUGGGCCUCAUCUUCUCCUCCUACUUCGUGUACCUGGCCGAGAAGGACUCCGUGAACGAGUCGGGACGCGUCGAGUUCGGCAGCUACGCGGACGCGCUGUGGUGGGGGGUGGUCACCGUCACCACCAUCGGCUACGGGGACAAGGUGCCCCAGACGUGGGUCGGAAAGACCAUCGCUUCCUGCUUCUCGGUCUUCGCCAUCUCCUUCUUCGCCCUGCCGGCGGGCAUCUUGGGCUCCGGCUUCGCCCUGAAGGUGCAGCAGAAGCAGAGGCAGAAGCAUUUCAACCGGCAGAUCCCGGCCGCCGCCUCGCUCAUUCAGACCGCGUGGAGGUGCUAUGCCGCCGAGAACCCCGACUCCGCCACCUGGAAGAUCUACGUCCGGAAGCCGGCUCGGAGUCACGCUGUGCUCUCCCCCAGCCCCAAGCCCAAGAAGUCCGUCAUGGUAAAGAAAAAGAAGUUCAAACUGGAGAAGGAUAACGGGGUGAGCCCGGGGGAGAAGACUCUCACCGUCCCCCACAUCACGUGUGACCCUCCGGAGGGCAGCUACGACAGCUCUGUGAGGAAGAGCCCCACGCUGCUGGAAGUCAGCCCGGCCCACUUCCUGAGAACCAACAGCUUCGCUGAGGACCUGGAUUUGGAAGGGGAGACACUGCUGGCGCCCAUCACCCAUGUGUCACAGCUCCGGGAGCACCACCGGGCCACCAUCAAAGUCCUCAGGCGCAUGCAGUACUUUGUGGCCAAGAAGAAAUUCCAGCAAGCGCGGAAGCCGUACGACGUGCGGGACGUCAUCGAGCAGUACUCCCAGGGCCACCUGAACCUCAUGGUGCGCAUCAAGGAGAUGCAGAGGAGGCUGGACCAGUCCAUCGGGAAGCCGUCUCUCUUCACCCCCAUCUCAGAGAAGAGCAAAGACCGGGGCAGCAACACCAUCGGCGCCCGCCUGCACCGCAUGGAAGACAAGGUGACACAGCUGGACCAGAGGCUGGUGCUCAUCACGGACCUGCUCCACCGGCUGCUGGCCCUCCACCACGCCCGCCCCGCCCGCGGCGACGACGCCUCCCUCCGCCCCGAGCUCUUCCUGCCCAGCAACGCCCUGCCCACCUACGAACAGCUGACCGUGCCCCCCGGGAGCCCCGACCCCAGCUCCUGAGGAGGUGGGGGGCCCCAGGAGGGGCGCCCCGGGCGGCCCUAGUGCAUCUGCCCAACCUCCCUCGCCACCGGGCACAGCGGGGCCACGCCCCCCUCCUCA